AUGACCAGCCCCGACGCCACAAGAGGCAAAUUCUACGAGGAAUUACACGACCUCCUGGCGACUGUGUCGAAGGCGGACAAGUUGAUUGUCCUUGGUGACUUCAACGCCCGCGUCGGCACAGACCAUGCUGCCGGGAGUGGUGUGCUAGGCCCCCAUUGUCUCCACGGCUCCAACGACAACGGCCUGCUCCUUCUCCGCACCUGUGCAGAACACCGCCUCAUCCCCAAGGUAAGCUGAAUACUUCUCUAUUGUCCUUGCCUGUUCACCACCUCCACUUCAGCGAUGAGCUAGCUCAACGGCUAGCCAGCCUUCCAGUCGCUGCCGCCGUCGCCGCCGACGCUGAAGAGAACGCCUUCGUUGAGAACCGAUGGUGCCAACUCCGGGACGCAGUCCAGUCGACGGCCCUGGCCGUCCUCGCUCGCGCACGUGGCUAAUAUCAGGACUGCUUUGUCGAUGACGACGCAGUCAUCAGCAACCUGAUUGCCGAGAAGAACCGCCUACACGAAACCUCCGUCACCCGCCCCACCGACGACAACAAAGUAACCUUCUGCCGUAGUCGCCACUUUGUGCAACAGCGGCUGCGCGAGACGAGGGACGCUUGA